AUGGCUCGACAGUUGACAACAUCAGUUUCCGAUUUACUGCUUACCUGGUCGGUGCUGUAUUUUAUCUACAAUGUGUUCUGGGAGAACGUCUUUGCCAGCCUGGGACUGGGCAUCCAGGGCACUGCUGCCGCUCUGGGAGUGAUCAGAUUUGCCCAGGCACGACCGCAGGGACAGAUUUAUGAAUACCAUCAGAUGACCUCCUGGCUGGCACAGGUGGUUGGAAUUCCCUUGCUGGCUGUCGGUUUUUGCCAUAAAGACAUGCCUAUUUUGAUGAACCUCAACCUAAUGAUCAUGGUAGCCGUGCUGAUUGGCGCCAAUUUCCUAGCACCUGGCAUGAAGCAGUUAGCCAAUGAAAGCUGUGCUGGGUUCGGCUUUCUGACAAUCAUCAUAGUUGCAUUACGCUCUUGGAACGUUUAUGCUCUGUUGGCCACUGCAGCUUAUAUUGCUUCCAGUAAGUUGAUUGGAUCCGAAGGAAAGAUGGGCGUGGUUUACAGACUUGACCUGCUUCACGUGGGCCUUGCUGCUGGCAAUGUUUUGUUUACCUGGGCCUUGAAGAGUCUCUGA